GUGCGGGGGGCCGCGGCCGUGGGCUGGGGGGGGUCCCCACGGGGGAAGGGGCAUCGCCCGUGGCCGUGGAGCCUGGGCCGCUGGAUGGAAGCGAGCUGGGUGCCGGCUGCCAUGGCUCUGGGGCUCUCCUCCAAGAAAGCUUCCUCCAGGAAUAUCGCCGUGGAGAGGAAAAACCUCAUCACCGUCUGCAGGUUCUCGGUGAAGACCCUUCUGGAGAAGUACACGGCGGAUCCCAUCGACGACUCCUCCGAGGAGUUCGUUAACUUCGCUGCCAUCCUCGAGCAGAUCCUCAGCCACCGCUUCAAAGGCCCUGUCAGCUGGUUCAGCUCUGAUGGACAGCGUGGGUUUUGGGAUUACAUCCGCCUGGCCUGCAGCAAGGUCCCCAACAACUGCGUCAGCAGCAUCGAGAACAUGGAGAACAUCAGCACCUCCAGGGCCAAGGGCCGGGCCUGGAUCCGCGUGGCGCUGAUGGAGAAGCGAAUGUCCGAGUACAUCUCCACGGCCCUGCGGGACACUCGCACCACCAGGCGGUUCUACGAUGACGGGGCCAUCAUGCUGCGGGAGGAGUCCACGGUGCUCACGGGGAUGCUCAUCGGGCUCAGCGCCAUCGACUUCAGCUUCUGCCUGAAGGGAGAGGUGAUGGACGGUAAAACGCCCGUGGUCAUUGACUACACGCCCUACCUGAAGUUCACGCAGAGCUAUGACUACCUGAGUGAGGAGGAAGAGCGGGGCAGCGUGGAGAGCAGCACGAGCGAGGACAGCUCACCUGAGCACCCCUACCUGCCCCUGGUCACCGACGAGGACAGCUGGUACAACAAGUGGCGCAAGAUGGAGCAGAAAUUCCGCAUUGUUUAUGCCCAAAAGGGGUACCUGGAGGAGCUGGUGAGGCUGAGGGAGUCGCAGCUGAAGGACCUGGAGGCGGAGAACAAGCGGCUGAAGCUGCGGCUGGAGGAGGUGAUGGUGCAGAACCAGCUGGAGAAGAGGGAGCUGGAGGGCGUCAUCCUGGAGCUGCAGGAGCAGCUGACGGGGCUGAUCCCCUGCGAGAACCCCCAGCUGGCCCAGCUCUCCAAGGAGAUGGUGACACCCCUGGUCAACCAGUGGCCCUCCCUGGGGACCCUCAAUGGCAACGAGAGCGGCUCGGACAGCAAACUCUACAGAAGGCACAGCUUUGUGAGCACCGACCAGCUCUCGGCCGAGAACAGCCUCAGCUCCGACUCCCAGCGCCUGGGCGAGGGCAAGCGCGAAGGGGAGCCCUGGGGGCCCUUGGGGAAGGACCCCACGCCCUCCAUGCUGGGGCUCUGCGGCUCCCUGGCCUCCCUGCCCAGCUGCAAAUCCCUGGCCAGCCUCAAGUCCAACGAGUGCCUGGUGAGCGACAGCACGGAAGCCAGCCCGACCCGCAGCCCCAGCUGAGACCCCCGGCCCCCGCGCCGCCCCCCGGCCCCGCGUGACGGCACAGGACUGACCGGGCUCGGCCCCCUUCGCACCCCGGGCCCGACGAGGGACUCGCCCAUCCCACCGGGGAGGCUGGGGACGGGCAUCCCCCUCCCCACCUUGAGACCCCACCCGGCUGCGCCUCUGCCCCCCAGCCCGGAGCCCGGCUGGAGACACACGGACCUGUUGGGAUGGGGGUGCGGGACUGGGGGGAGCGAACUGUGCCACGGUGGGGGGGACACUGGCAGUGACAGCUGUUGGGGAGCAAGGGGGGGUCGGGCCAGGCCCCUUCCAGGGGUGAGGGUCCAGCCUGGCCCCUCUGUCCGUCCUGCUCAGCCCUCGGUGCCCACCUGGGCUGCGCCUGCCUGGCCUCCCCCAGCUCCCCUGCACUGUGGGGGCUGCCUGUCCCCCCUUGCAGCAGCAUCCCCACAACAGGGGGAGGACUCUUCUUCCCCCUUUCCUCCCCAUCCUCCCGUGGGUUUUGGGUUGUUUUGGGUGAUUUUGGUUUUUAUUUCAGCCCCAUCUGCCUUGUUGGAGCAAAAAGGAAUCAAUAAACGCAGCAAGCAGA